AUGCUGCUAACAGAAAUACCCCUGUUUUAUUCUCAACUGUAUUUCGAAAUCACAUUGAAGGCAUUUCAACAGAUGACUGACAAAGAGGAGGUGAAGGGUGCAGGUGAUAACACGGAAAUGGUUCUCUCAGGGAAGAAGUCAGGGAAAGCCUCGCUGCUGGACAGUGGGGAAGACUUUGAGAUGCUGGAUGAUGAUGACAUUGAUGACGACCCUCCUCCUUUGGAAGAUGCUGGGGGUGGGAAGAAGACUAAAACAGAGGUUCCUGCAGAGGACCAAGACACUGGCCCUUCAGCUCCACUAGACGAAUGGAUGGAUAUACUAGGUAACAAAAUUCACUUUUUCUAUUUUUAGGUCAAAGAGAAAGGAACAUCACUGGGUGACCGUCAUCACCAUUUGGCUUAUAUUCUCACGUACAGUCAGGUCCAUAAGUAUUUGGACAGUGACACAAUUUGCAUCAUUUUGGCUCUGUACGCCACCACAAUGGAUUUGAAAGGAAUCAAUCAAGAUAUGCUUUAAGUGUAGACUUUUAUCUUUCAUUUAAGGGUUUUGUCAAAAUUAUUGUAUGAACCGUGUAGGAAUUACAACAAUCUUUAUACACAGCCCUCCAAUUUCAGGGGCUCAAAAGUAAUUGGACAAACUAACAAUCAUAAAUUAAAUUGUGAGUUUUAAUACUUGGUUGCAAAUCCUUUGCAGUCAAUGACUGCCUGAAGUCUGGAACCCAUAGACAUCACCAGAUGCUGGGUUUCUUCCCUGGUGACGCUCUGCCAGGCCUUUACUGCAGCUGUCUUCAGUUCCUGUUUGUUCUUGGGGCAUUUUACCUUCAGCAAGUGAAAUGCAUGCUCAAUUGGAUUCAGGUCAUGUGAUUGACUUGGCCAUUGCAGAACAUUCCACUUCUUUGCCUUAAAGUAUUGGGUUGCUUUCGUAGUGUGCUUCGGGUCAUUGUCCAUCAGCACUGUGAAGUGCCGUUCAAUGAGUUUUGAAGCAUUUGGCUGAAUCUGAGCAGAUAAUAUAGCCCUAAACACUUCAGAAUUCAUCCUGCUGCUUUUGUCAGCAGUCACAUCAUCAAUAAAUACAAGGGAACCAGUUCCAUUGGCAGCCAUACAUGCCCGCGCCAUAACACUACCUCCACCAAUUUUUUUUUUUUUAAACCUUUAUUUAACCAGGUAAGCCAGUUGAGAACAAGUUCUCAUUUACAACUGCGACCUGGCCAAGAUAAAGCAAAGCAGUGCGGUAAAAACAACAACACGGAGUUACAUAUGGGGUAAACAAAACAUAGUCAAAAAUUACAACAGAAAAAAUAUAUACAGUGUGUGCAAAUGUAGUAAAUUAUGGAGGUAAGGCAAUAAAUAGGCCAUAGUGCAAAAUAGUUACAAUUUCGUAUUAACACUGGAAUGAUAGAUGAUGCAAAAGAUGAUGUGCAAAUAGAGAUACUGGGGUGCAAAUUAGCAAAAUAAAUAACAAUAUGGGGAUGAGGUAGUUGGGUGGGCUAAUUACAGAUGGGCUGUGUACAGGUGCAGUGAUCAGUAAGCUGCUCUGACAACUGAUGCUUAAAGAUAGUGAGGGAGAUAAGCGUCUCCAGCUUCAGAGAUUUUUGCAGUUCGUUCCAGUCAUUGGCAGCAGAGAACUGGAAGGAAUGGCGGCCAAAGGAGGUGUUGGCUUUGGGGAUGACCAGUGAGAUAUACCUGCUGGAGCGCAGACUACGGGUGGGUGUUGCUAUGGUGACCAGUGAGCUAAGAUAAGGCGGGGAUUUGCCUAGCAGAGAUUUAUAGAUGACCUGGAACUAGUGUGUUUGGCGACGAAUAUGUAGUGAGGGCCAGCCAACAAGAGCGUACAGGUCACAAUGGUGGGUAGUAUACCAUGCUUCACAGAUGAGGUGGUAUGCUUCGGAUCCUGAGCAGUUCCUUCCCUUCUCCAUACUCUUCUCUUCCCAUCAUUCUGGUACAAGUUAAUAUGUGUCUCAUCUGGCCAUAGGAUGUUGUUCCAGAACUGUACAGGCUUUUUUAGAUGUUUUUUGGCAAACUCUAAUCUGGUGUUCCUGUUUUUGAGGCUUACCAAUGGUUUACAUCUUGUGGAAAACCCUCUGUAUUUACUCUGGUGAAGUCUUCUCUUGAUUGUUGACUUUGACACAGAUAUGCCUUCCUCCUGGAGGGUGUUCUUGAUCUGGUCAACUGUUGUGAAGGGGUUUUUCUUCACCAGGGAAUAAAUUAUUCUGUCAUCCACAACAGGUCUUCCGGGCCUUUUGGUGUUCCUGAGCUCACAUAAAAAGUGCUGUAAUUCCUACACCGUUCACCCGAUUUGGAUGUAAAUACCCUCAAAUUAAAGCUGAAAGUCUUAUUCAUUAUUUAAUUUAAACUCCAAUAUGCUGUGGUAGACAGCUAAAAUAAUAAUAACUUGGUCAAUGUCCAAAUAUUUAUGGCCUGACUGUAUCUAUUUGCAGGUAAUGGCCAGCUAAAGAAGAAAGUCCUGCAGGCAGGGAAUGGGCCAGACAGCAGGCCCACGAAAGGCCAGAAUGUCGUGAUUCACCUGAAGACUUCACUGGCUGAUGGGACUCUUAUAGAAGAGCAACCUGAGCUCUCUUUCACUCUGGGAGAUGGUGAUGUCAUCCAGGUACAUUCUACUCAGUAUUUUAAGUGAAAGCAAAUCCGAUCUGUCGGAUUCCAUACAAGGUAGUGAUGUUAGUUGAUCCCAGAAAUGUAAAUGGAUGAAAUGUGUAUUUUAAGUUCAGUGUCGAUUUUAUAUUCACAAGCAAUGCAUCCAAACUAAGAUAAUGAGAAGUGUAGUAAUCAGGCUUUAACUCUGCUGUGCUCUCGCAGGCUCUGGAUCUCACAGUGCAGCUCAUGGAAAUGGGGGAGAAGGCCCUCGUCCAAGCCGAUGCUAAAUAUGCAUAUGGUGCCCUGGGGAGGUAUGGAGGGUUUCUUAAUCUUGCUGGUUCUUUGUGGUUUCACUGACAUGUCUUGUUGCUACCCAAACAAGCCAUCUAUUCUGAGAUUGUAAUUUCCUAUAAAGAUAACUCUGAAGUGCUCCCUAUCCUUCGUGACGUCAGAGUAGAUAUCAUGAACUUGUGCCUGAUAUGAUUCUUUGUAGCUGCACCUCUUAAUGGGAGUAAAGCAAAAUGCCUCAGCACUCUUCCAUUCUCAGAAAGAGCAUUGAGUGAAAUGGUGCUGUCUUAUCUAGAGCUCAAUGCUUAUAGGACACGUCCUGACUUUGCUCUCUGCUUGUGUGCUCCCUGCCCUGGCCUUUACCACUGGAAGUCUUGCACCUGAGGUGCCUCCCAGUGCUGAGUUGGCCCUGGAGGUCCAGCUGCUGGAUGCCACUGAGGCCCCCGACCUUGAGCUCCUGUCCCCCCAGGAGAGGAUCGCCCUGGCUGGGCAGAAGAGGGAGAGGGGCAAUGUCUACUACCAGAGAGGGGACUAUGCCUUCGCUGUUAACUCUUAUGGCUUCGCCCUGCAGGUCACUGAGUCCAGCUCUAAAGGUGACAGUAGUGACAGAUUUGUGUGUUUUUUGCGAAAGCACUGUUUUUGGAUGGGGCUCAAGACUCCCUGUAGCUUACUGAUGCUGUGUGUGACUGUCGUUUCAGUGGACAUUAGCCCGGAGGAGGAGGAGGAGCUGAUGGACGUGAAGAUGAAGUGUCUAAACAACAUGGCUGCUGCCCAGCUCAAGUUGGAUCACUAUGAAGCAGCACUACGGUCCUGCGUUUCAGUACUGGCCCACCAGCCAGACAACAUCAAAGCCCUAUUCCGCAAAGGCAAGGUAGGUCUCACACAACUGGUGAGUUGUGUAUGUAUAAUUGUGAGUAUGAAUGUCCAUCUCUGAAAGCAUCACCGUGGACUACAUCUGUGUCUCUAGGUAUUGGCCUUGCAAGGGGAAUAUGCUGAAGCUAUAAAGAUUUUGAAGAGGGCCCUGAAGUUGGAACCAAGUAACAAGGUACUGCCUUCCACCUUCACAAAAACAUUAUUUAGAAAGCUGUAGAACGUAAACAAAUUCUCAGGUCCACAUGUUGUUGCAGUUUUCACUUACAUCCACCAGGUGGUGCCACAUUCUCUAAUUGAUGACGAGUUAAACCAGGUGCCUACUCAUUUUGGUGGAUCUGAGUUUGUGUUGUUGCUGUAAAUAGGUUGGUUCCUCUGUGCCCAGGUGAUAUCCAAGGCAUUGCGGCUCCCUGAACAGGGCAAUCUGACAGAGCGCACUACAGCGUGUGGGCUUGUUGGACCAGCUUCAUGUUAAUACUUACCACUCAUGCCCAACUCUCCCCAAUCCUGCCGCCUGUUUUUUUUGGUCCCGCCCACCAACCUGUGAAAUCGUGCUCUCGCUGACUGUCUUUUAUUAAUGUCCCAUACAGUGUGUUUUGUUUCUCAGGCUCUAAUGUAGUGCACAAGUGUGUUUUGUGGGCGGUUUAAGAAUUUUCAGUGGUUCAUAUAUGAUAUCUUACAUUAGCAUUAGGCAAGCUCUUGCCCUCUGAACUGGGCUGCAGAGUGCACCACUGACAAGAGUUGGUUAUAUAAUCUCUUAAAUGUAGCUGCCUGGGCAUGUUUGUGGUGGUGUUUUUGCUGAAGUGUUUAAGAUUAGGAGCAAUAAACCAAGGGUCUAGAUUAAAAGCUUGCAUAUUUAGAUGCUAGAAUUGUGGUCCACUCCCUACAUCUUAUUUUUGAUGGAUGUUAUUGUUUUCUUGUCUAAAUACAUUUAAUUAACACAAUUUGCUUUUUUCUCAAAUUACAUUUUGUAGUAAAAUGGGGAAAGAUGACAAGAACGGCAGCAGUUAUGUAAUUUCUGUCCUCAAACAUUACUGGUGUGUACAAGAUCAGAAGUAUUGCUACAUGGGAAUGCCAAGGGGGUCCUGUAGAAACGUAAUACUUUCAAGCACCCAUUUAAUCUUAGCAGCAGUGGAAAAGGGGACUAAGAGCAGAGACUUACCCAAAGUCUCUACCUUCCUCGGUCCACAACACAGUGCCAGUAAGUGGCUCCUCGGAGGCUGUAUGACAUUUUGACCAACUGUGAAAAUGUCCUAAAUUGCCCACUUACCAACCCUUCAGAGGAAUGAGUCAGAUACUUUAUAUAAAGUUGUAUUUAUUUAUAAGCAAGCAUAUGAAAUUCACAGUAGCAUCAAUCACCAAUAAUCAAGCCACCUGCAGUUACCAGAACACUAUUAUGGGCUCCCGAGUGGCGCAGCGGUCUAAGGCACUGCAUCUCAGUGCUUGAGGCAUCACUACAGACCCCCUGGUUCGAUUCCAGGCUGUAUCACAACCGGCCGUGAUUGGGAAGUCCCAUAGGGCGGCGCACAAUUGGCCCGGCGUCGUCCGGGUUUGGCCGGUGUAGGCAGUCAUUGUAAAUAAGAAUUUGUUCUUAACUGACUUGCCUAGUUAAAUAAAGGUAAAAAAUAAAAAUAUAAAAUAAAAAUGGUGUACAAAUAAUUCCGCUAGCCAUUGGGAAAGUGUUGUUAUUAUGAGUGAAUGUGUAUGAUAUACACAUGCUAUGUGAGCGUGGGAAAGGGGAGUAGUAGUAGUACGCCUGCAGCUUAUUAUCACACUUUGCUGUCUCCUGGGGAAGACUAUCCACGCAGAACUCUCCAAGCUGGUGAAGAAGCACUCGGAGCAGAAAGGCGCAGAGCAGGCCAUGUACAAGAAGAUGCUAGGCAACCCAGCCAGCGGCAGCGGCGGCAUGCAGAAACACCAGGCCAAGUCGUCAUGGGUGAGAUCGUCCUCUCAAGAGGCUUCACCUGCUCAUGUCAAUAAACUGAUAUUAGCAUUAACACAAUAUUUUAUUUAAAAUCAGCUGAGGAUCAGAAAUGGAUGUAUCCCAGGUGUCAACAGAAAGCCUUACAUUUCUUGUCUUUUGUCCACAGGGUGUCAGCUGGAAAUGGCUCUUCGGUGCCACGGCUGUAGCCAUUGGAGGUGUCGCCUUGUCAGUUGUCAUAGCUGCCAGAAAUUAG